AGAGGCCUGGGAGCUUGGAAAGAACGGUGGCAAGUAGCGAAAACAUCCCAACCUGCUUCCUUGGGUGCAGGUGAAUCUGAGCGAACACCACUCGUAACCCAACAUCCUCGAGCUCGAUAUCCAUCCAUGUUUGAGCCUCUAGACAUCUCCGCGCCAGCGAUUCUGGUGUCUUCCAUGGCAGUCUUGCGCCCAACCACUUACGACCCCUAUCCGUGUUGCGCUCCCAGGGAUCACGUCAUAUCCACAGAGCACACCCCAGCCAUAUCACCUUACCUGCCACCGCACGGAGCACUUGUUUUACCUUUCAUUGAAGAAUCGGUAGACCCAACCCAUAUCUCCAUUCUUACGGCGCUAACGAGUAUUAUGUCUCAAAACACCAUGGAGCCUAUUUCCGAAAUGGCAAUGCACCAACAAUUCCUGAGUCAACUUGCCGGCUCUGAAGCAUCCCUCUUUGAUCGUGAUAUCCCUACACCCCCUUUCUUUUCUGGGGACUCUACCGGCACCGAUGGUCCUGCCGGCCGACAACACAGUGGAUCCAUCUCCGGUAGAGGAGUCAAAUCUCCCACCAGUGCACAAGGUUCAGGCAUCCCCCCUAUUGGAGGAACAAGUAAUGGUCGGGGCAUCAGCAGACUCCCGGAUCCGCGAGCCCAAGCCCUCAUGCAGCUCGUCCCUAUGCCAUCCCAACUUCCACCGGGUACCCAAUCGCCGACAGAUGCCUCGAGCAACCCCAACACCCCUAUGAUGCACAUGCCGCCAUACUCCACCCACUAUAUGCUGCCGAAUGGUGGGAUCAUGCCUCAUUCCCUGGUCACGAAUGUACCAGCCCCAAUUGGUUUGAACAGCGGCAAUCCCGCAGAUCAAGUUGGCACCUGGACCGAUUCUGUCAACGCAUACUGGCAACCCAUGGGUCUUCCCGCCUUUUCUGCUCCUCUUAUCAACUCGGGCGGUUUAGCAGCUACCAUUCGUGAUGCAAGACUGGCAUGGAUGAGAAAGACCAAUUUGCUCAAACAUUUGUUGACGCACGUCGAAGCGAGACCGUACAUCUGCACUGUCCCUGGAUGUGAUCAGGCUUUCAAGCAGAAGUGGUUGUUGGAUCGGCACGGAAGAGUUCAUGCUGCCAACAAUACCAAACCCAAGCCUCCUCGCAAGGCGCAGACCAAAGAGCGUCCGGUGGCGGCACCUUCUCGUCGAGCUCGCAAGACCAUCGCCACAGAAUUGGACAACGAGAUCGACGAGCUCGCAGGGGAUGGAGACUCCUACAUGUCUCGACAAGCAGGUGACGUGGAAGUAGAUGGCUUCGAAGGCGCCGCGAUACGUUCUCGUCCUCGUCGUGCAGCCGCUGUAGCUGCAGUGGCAGCCAAUCGCAACCGCCGCUGGGACGAGGACAUUGACUUCGGCGAUGAUGGCGAGGAGGAGGAAGACGAUGAAGAUGACGAGGAUGAAGUCAGUCGCGAGGAUGUUCUUAUGGAGGAGGAUAUAGACGAUGAGGAUGAGGAGGAGGCUGACGACCAAGCACACCGAAACCGCGCUGGUGUCGCUAACGCGGGUACCGGAAGACCAAGGGGCAGACCAGCGGGUAGGGGAAAGUUACCUCUAAUGUCCAUGUCGGGAGACUAUCGUUUGAAAGGUGUCGUGGCGCCAUUCAGCAAUGCCAGAACGGAACAGUCAACAGAUCCUAAUGGUCUUGCUCCAGCAGCAGAGGGAACCGAAGAAUAA